AUAAGAAGGAGAAACAAUGGUGUUUGAGGCUCACUGUAUGUCAUUUCCAUGUACAGAACACUUAUUAUUCAACUAUGCCAAGGAUCAUGCACUGGGCUCGUCGCAUUGAACAGGAGAUUGACAGAGUCUUGCAGCACAUCAGCGGCGCUCAACAACUGAAAGGGAUCUACGGUGAGAAGAGAAGACAGUUCAGUUUGGUCAGAAAUAACCCUCGAGAAAUCGUAGAGAAAGUUGCUACAGACAUCGAGAGACUGCUGGCCAAGAAACGCAAAGCACUUGAGAAACUUGCGAGUGAAGCGGAGCGUCUUCAGAAAGAUCAUCGGUGGCAGGAUGGACUCAAGGAGGAAAAUAUUGAAUAUUAUAACUCUAAAGCAGAGAUGGACUAUGACGGUGAGGACAUUGAUUCCCAGAUGUCAUUGAAGCUGGAGUUUGUGUAUGAUCCAAACUUCAAAAACCAUGUGAAUUACUCACACACUGCCGUCCAGAUCCCCACAGACAUCUACAAAGGCGCUCCGGUGAUUCUGAACGAGCUGAACUGGACGCAAGCGUUAGAGCGAGUCUUCAUAGAGAACAGCAGAGACGACCCGUCGUUGCUCUGGCAAGCGUUUGGAAGCGCCACCGGUGUCACGAGAUAUUAUCCAGCUGCUCCCUGGAGAGCGCCAGAUAAGAUUGACCUUUAUGAUGUACGACGACGACCCUGGUACAUUCAAGGAGCAUCCUCGCCCAAAGAUAUGGUCAUCCUCGUAGACGUGAGCGGCAGUGUCAGUGGACUUACUCUCAAACUGAUCAAAGCUUCGGUCACAGAGAUGCUCGACACACUCUCCGACGAUGAUUACGUCAAUGUGGCCAGGUUCAAUGAGAAGGCAGAGGCAGUGGUGCCCUGCUUUAAACACCUGGUUCAGGCAAACGUGCGCAAUAAGAAGAUCUUUAAAGAGGCUGUGCAGCAGAUGCAGGCCAAAGGAACCACCGAUUACAAAUCCGGCUUUCACUUUGCCUUCAACCAGCUGCUCAACAAGACGAACGUUCCUCGAGCCAACUGUAAUAAAAUCAUUAUGUUAUUUACUGACGGAGGGGAGGACCGAGCUCAGGACAUCUUUGAGCAGUACAACUGGCCCAAUAAGACGGUCCGCGUGUUCACAUUCUCGGUGGGGCAGCACAAUUAUGAUGUCACUCCGCUGCAGUGGAUCGCGUGUGCUAAUAAGGGAUACUAUUUUGAGAUCCGCUCCAUCUGUGCUAUAAGGAUUAACACCCAGGAAUAUCUGGACGUGUUGGGCCGCCCCAUGGUUCUGGCAGGAAGAAGUGCCAAGCAGGUGCAAUGGACCAACGUCUAUCAGGACGCGCUGGGUCUGGGGCUGGUGGUGACGGGGACGAUGCCGGUGUUCAACCUCACUGUGGACGGAAACUCUCAGAAUCAGCUGAUUUUAGGGGUGAUGGGGGUUGACGUUCAUCUGGAUGAGCUGAAGAGACUCACACCACAACACAAGCUGGGAGCAAACGGAUACAUCUUCGCCAUUGACCCAAAUGGAUACGUGCUGAUGCAUCCGAACCUGCAGCCUCGAGAGGAGGAUUUGCCAGAGCCUGUGACGCUGGACUUCCUGGAUGCAGAAGUAGAAGACAUCAGCAAACAGGAGAUUCGCCGACAAAUGAUUGACGGCCGAUCGGGAGAGAUGACAAUCAAAACUCUAAUUAAAUCAAUGGAUGAGCGUUACAUCGACGAGGUCACACGUAUGUACUCCUGGACGCCCAUCAACGACACUGAUUACAGUCUGGGUCUGGUACUUCCUCCGUACAGUGAAUAUUACAUCCAGGCUGAUCUCAGCGACGUCAUGCUGCAGCUGCAGUAUUUACAGUCCCUGCUGCCCAACUCGUUUGAGUCGGCUGGUCACGUGUUUCUAGCUCCCAGAGAAUACUGCAAGCGUCUGCAGAUGGCUGAGAAUAACACACAGUUCCUGGCAGACUUCCUGUCUCUGAUGGUGGAGAUCUCACCUGAAUCUGAAGACUGUGAUCAGGGUCUCAUUCAUAACCUGAUCUUGGAUUCUGGGAUCCUCUGGAAUCUCGCCACACGUGUUUGGCAGAACAAGGAUCUCAACACGUACGGCUUCCUGGCGCUGUUCGCGUCCACCAAUGGAGGUGUCACACGCGUUUACCCCAACAUGGCUGCUGAAUCAUGGGACGAGGAUCCUGAACCUCUGAACUCAAACUUCUACCGCCGCACUCUGGACAACAAAGGCUACAUCUUCAGAGCGCCAACACGAACCUCAAUGGAUGAUCUGUUAAUCUCAGAGAACGGCACUGUGGGGAUUUUGGUCACCACCGCCGUGGAGGUCGUGAUUUCAGGCAAAACCAUGAAGCCUGCAGUGGUCGGAGUUAAGCUGGAUUUGGAGGCCUGGGUUGACAAGUUCAAGAUCCUCGCCAGCAACGUAUCAGACAGCAGACAGGCCGCUCAUAAGUGCGGCCCCUCCAGAUCCUGUGAGAUGGACUGUGAAGUGAACAGCGAUGAUUUAUUGUGUUAUCUGAUCGAUGACGGAGGUUUCCUGGUGAUGUCCAAUCAGAGAGACCACUGGAAGAAGGUGGGUCUGUUCUUCGGCGAGGUCGACCCCUACCUGAUGUUCGCCCUCUACAACAACUCAAUCUACGCCCGUCAUCAGACCUUCCAGUAUCAGUCAGCCUGUGAGCCGACAGCCAGCAGCCACACAGGAGCUGCACACAGAGGAUUCUAUGUGCCCUCCAUUGCUGAUUUUCUCAGUCUGGCCUGGUGGACGUCAGCAGCGGCAUGGUCUGUUCUGCAGCAGUUCCUGUAUGGACUGAUCUACAGCAGCUGGUUCACCACAGAAGAUGUCUGGGCUGAGAGUUCGGACACUAAAGGGAGCAGCAGCUGUGUGACGGUUCAGAGUCAGUUCUACUUCACUAACACUACCAACUCCUUCAACGUGCUGCAGGAUUGUGGGAACUGCUCCAGAUUGUUCCACGCCAAGCGUAUAGAAAACACAAACCUGUUGUUUGUGGUGGCGGAGACGCUGCCCUGCAGCUCCUGCGAGAUCGAGAAACUCUUGCCUGUCAGAACAAAGUCUCAAGAAGAGAAUCCGUGUGAGGUGUUAAACUCUGCCCGCUAUCGGAAAGGACCUGACAAAUGCUUCGACUACAACUCAGAGGAGAACACGUCGGAGUGUGGCAGCGCUCACUCUUUACACUGUCCGAUGCGAGUUCUGCUCUGGAUUCAGUUAUUGUGGCUUUACCUCAUUCUACGAUCGUAAUCUGAGUCCCACUGCCUUCAGUGUUCCUGUCCCUCAUCCGUACGCCACUCCGGUCCUCUCCUGAAAUUCUCCUGGUUUUCCGGCUCUCUGUUUCAUCGUGAGGUGCAUUCCAGCUGUGUGCCGUUACAGCAGAGCAUGAUGGGAAAACGUGUCUUAGUAACCCCAACAUUGUGCAGAUCCAAAAAAAACAAAACUGUCUUAAAUCAUUUCACCUUUAUAUUCAGAAAACCUACAAAAAAAAACAAAACAAAAAAAACAGUCUUUCUGCUGCCGUAAAGUAUUUUUGCUUGCCAAAAACAGGAAAGGACCUGGUUUGUUUCGAAAUACUGAAACGCGAUUCACGUUUUGACGGUUAUUAUCACAAUCUCGCAUUGUGUGUUUAUUUGAGUCUUGCUUCAUUCUCAAUUUAGUGCCAAACCCUUGCUCAAACGCAGAGGACAUGCAGCUUUCGUUGAAAUAUCGUUUUUUUUUUUAAGCUUCCUUGCCAAGAGAGAAUGCCGUAUUACCGCAAACUGCUUCGUUUAGAAAAGAAGACGAUUUAGAUUUUGUUUCGUGUUCAUUUAGAGCUUUUGUCGAAUGUUUUAAGGGCAUAUAUUGUGUCUAAAAACUGCUGCCUGGUUUGUUACCCAACAGUGCCUUGGCGCACUUGUCCGAAUGGACCAACAAUAGCACUGGACGUGGAUUCGACUGACCCCGAAUGAAUGCUGGAGAAAGACACGGUAUUGAAUGUUUACAGUAUACAGUAUAAGGGUGAAUGUCAUGAAACCUGGCAAAAGUUCAUAUUUCACCCCAAAAUCAAAAGAUAUGAAUAGGAAGUGGGACAUAAAGAAAAUGAAGCACAUUUUUAGGAUCAUUAAGAUUUUAAAAGCACAUUUUCCCUCCAAAUCUCAUUACCGUAAUGUGAAAAAAAAAAAAAAAAAUUCUCAUUAUUGUAAUGUAGGGAUAAAAAUAUUUUUACAAUAUGGUAGCAUUUGUUAUACUGCCUUAAUUCAUGAUUAUUCAGAUAGUAAAAAACACAUUAAAACAAUGUCACAACGCAAACAAAUAUGCGCAAUAUUCCUACAAAUACCUUUUCAUGAGUUGUUGGGUAUUUUUCUGUUGAUUUUGGGGUGUUUCACAUGAGACGUCUUUUGACGUUCAGUAUGGGUUUAUUAUACAUAUUCUACUAAUUCUGUCUUUAGAAAGUCACUCAAAUGGUUUUAACUUUUUUCUGAUGUAAAUAUGGUUACUCCACACUGACUUGAUCUAGUUCAGUGUGUUUUAAUGAAAUGGAAUGCAAGCUGAUGUCUCGAUGUCCCGCUGCAUGCUGGGAAAAAUGAUAACCGCUGUUAAACUUCAUGAUUUUAGGACAUUUACUGGAAGGACAGUCGACCCUUUGAACCACUGAACGGACCAACUUUAUCUUCUUAAUGAGUCCGUAGAUGUUAUCCAAGGAUCGAUAUGUAUUGAUUUUGAUUUAAUUUAAAAGAUACGGUGUGUAUAUUGCUUGCGAUAUGUAUCAAGUGUGAAUUUUGAGACGCUUUCAUGCUUUUAUUGAAAUGUUUUGGAUUUUAUCGCAGAUGUUUUGUUGCUUUUCAGUGAUUAUGUAUAACAUUUUAAAGGUCCAUUUAGACAAAAAAAAUACUUACUUGGUGGUAUUUCAUCUUUUAACGUGGCCACACUUCCAAAACAAUUGUACUUCCACUCAAAUGAAUGGGUCGAGAUUCUUCUGAAUUGAACUGAAAGGGUUUCGCUUGACGUAUUUUGUAUCGUAAUGGCUUGAGCAAUACUUUGAAUUAUGUCAACUACGCUGAAAUGCAAGUGAGCGCUACUGAAUUAGUGUAAAGAGAGCAUGAAAUCAGUAUUGAGCCGCUUUCUUUGGAUGACUUUGAUUCAGGCUUGUCUUUGAAUAUCGGCUUAAUGUUUGUAUGUGAGCUGUGAGCGUUCUAACAUUAUUAUUUCAUGCCAAUAAGAGUAUUUAUACUAUUGUCUUUCUGUAAAAAUUUCUCUGUGUUACAAUGAAUUUAAUGAUGUGAAUAGGAAUGUUUUAAUUUUUAAUUUUUUUUGUUCGUUUGUUUUUUUUAUUUUGUUCUGCAGAUGUUUGUUAACUAUGUGAAAGGGUUUUUCCUCCCUUUCUGCGGUCUUCCAUAUCACUUCAUUUUGUACAGAUGGCACAAAUCUAUCAAGAAAGGCUAACUUUGUAUCAUAUUGUGUCAUUCACUUCUGGGAGAUGUUUAUAAGAGAAUUGGUGAGAUAAAGACAUUCAUAUUUUUCACGUCAA